UCUUUAAUUCCAAGACUCUCUCUUUUUGCCAGAGAAAUCAUUUUUUCUCUUUAUUCCCUAGAGGACUUUGCGGUAUAUAUAUAUAAUGAGAUCAAGGCCCUCCCCAAGAAAUCUUUGUGAUCAAAACAAGACAUGUCAAACGUAAACUUCCUUGAGCUGCAAUACAAGCUCUCUAAGAACAAGAUGUUGAGGAAGCCUUCAAGAUUGUUCUCUAGAGACAGGCAAUCCUCAUCAGGACUGUCUUCACCUGGACCAGUGGGCGUCCCUCAGCCUACAAUCAACGAGAUGAGACGUGUUUUCAACAGAUUUGAUUCAGACAAAGAUGGAAAAAUCUCUCAGACUGAGUACAAGGUGGUGCUGAGAGCUCUAGGACAAGAGAGAGCGAUCCAAGACGUGCCCAAGAUCUUUAAAGCCGCGGAUUUGGACGGUGAUGGGUUUAUUGACUUCAAGGAGUUUAUAGACGCACACAAAAGAAGUGGAGGGAUUAGAUCUUUGGAUAUACGAAACGCUUUCUGGACAUUUGAUCUGAACGGUGAUGGGAAGAUAAGCGCAGAAGAAGUGAUGUCGGUUCUGAGGAAACUUGGUGAGAGGUGCAACUUAGAAGACUGCAAGAGGAUGGUGAGAGCUGUUGAUGCAGAUGGAGAUGGAUUGGUUAAUAUGGAAGAGUUCAUGAGGAUGAUGACUCAAUCUAUGAACAUUGUCUGAAAAUAUCUUUCUCUACUAUUGUAAUAAAGGUUGUUAUUUAUACAUAUCUUAUUUCAAAAA